UGGUGAAGCCCACUCCAGCUCCAACGCUCCCACCAACACCUUCCCCUCCUCCCACCAUCCCCCCCGCAUGGGCAGUUUGCAAAGGGGCCAAAGCAGAUGUGGUGUUCCUCAUCGACGGAUCGUGGAGCAUCGGAGAAGAGAGCUUCCGGAAAGUCGUGCACUUUGUCUCCGGCAUGGUCUCUGCCUUCGAUAUGGUCGGACCCACAGGGAUGCAGGUGUCCUUUGUGCAGUACAGCGACGAGGCGAAGACGGAGUUCAGGCUGAACGCUUACAGAGACAAAGGCAUCGCCAUGUCGGCUAUCAAUCAGAUCCACUACCGAGGAGGAAACACCAAGACAGGCAUGGCUCUGAAACACACCUAUGAGAAAGCCUUCUCCAUGGAGAACGGGAUGAGGAGGAACGUCCCGAAAGUGGUGGUGGCCAUCACUGACGGACGCUCUCAGGACGAAGUGAAGAAGAGCGCCGCCAACCUGCAGCACGCAG